GACCCAGCUCUUUGUAGAGGAGCCAGAGCGGGCGGUGUUGCUAGCGGCUGCCAUUUUGGUUAGAACUAGUUUGCGUUAUUAACAGGCUGUUGUGGCACUCCGAAAGAGGGCAACUAUAUUCUAACAAAAUGCUGUCUGCAGCCCAGUUACUCGAUGAGUUAAUGGGCCGAGACAGAAAUCUGGCCCCUGAUGAGAAGCGGUCUAAUGUGCGAUGGGACGAUGAGUGUGUCUGUCGAUACUAUCUAUGCGGCUUUUGUCCAGCUGAGCUUUUUACAAACACACGCUCUGAUUUGGGACCUUGUGAAAAAAUCCAUGAUGAAAAUCUAAGAAAACUAUAUGAGAAAAGCUCUCGGUUUAUGAAGGAAGGCUAUGAGCGAGACUUCCUGCGGUAUCUACAGUCCCUCCUUGCAGAAGUAGAACGGCGGAUUCGAAGAGGACAUGCUCGUCUUGCACUUUCCCAAGCUCAACAAAAUGCGGGGGGCCCAGGUCCAUCUGGAAAGAAUGAAGAGAAAGUUCAAGUUCUAACAGAGAAGAUAGAAGACCUCGUUGUACAGAUUGAGGAACUGGGUUCAGAAGGACGUGUUGAGGAGGCUCAGGGAAUGAUGAAGCUUGUGGAGCAGCUGAAAGAGGAGAGGGAGCUGUUAAGCUCCACCCCCUCGACCAUAGAGAGUUUUGCUGCUCAGGAGAAGCAGAUGGAGGUGUGUGAGGUGUGUGGGGCCUUCCUCAUCGUGGGUGACGCACAAUCCCGAGUGGAUGACCACUUAAUGGGCAAACAGCAUAUGGGCUACGCUAAGAUCAAAUCUACCGUAGAGGAGCUAAAGGAAAAACUCCGUCGCCGCUCUGAGGAUCCUCAAGUUGAAAGCCCUGCUCUCAAACGGGACAGAGAAGAGCGAGAGCGCGAGAGGGAGGAGAGAGAGAAGAAGCGCAAAGAGGAGGAAGAGAAGGAGAAGGAACGGGAAAAGGAGAAGGAACGUGAGCGGGAGAGAGAACGAGACAGAGAGCGGGAGCGUGAGAGGGAGCGGGACAGAGAACGAGAGCGGGACCGGGAGAGGAGGGCGAGGCGAAGCCACUCCAACAGCCGGCACUCCAGCCGGGCGUCUGAAAAGAAACGCAGCAGAUCCCGUGACCGCCGGAGGUCAAGGAGCAGAGACCGGGAUAGGGAACGCAAGCGCAGCAGGAGCCGCGACAGAGAGAGGAGGCGCAGUCGUGAGCGCUCCGACAGAAAACGUCGCUCCCGAAGUCGCGACAGGAGGAGGUCUCGCAGCACAGAGCGAAAGUCUCACCGUCACCGCAGCCGAAGUCGCUCCCGCAGCAGGGACAGAGAAAGAGACAGGGACAAGGAUAGAGAAAGAACCCGAGACAAAGGGAGGGAGAAAGACAAAGAACGGUCACCAAAAGAAAAAGACCGUAAGGCGACAGAGGAGAAGAGCAGCUCUAAAAAAGAAAGCGAUUCAGCCACCAUUAAGGCUUCGUCAGAGCCGGAACCGAUGCAGACCGAGGCUGCCGCCUCCUCCCCUCUGCUUAACGGCCAGCAAGAGCUCCUCCAAUCUGAAGGUGACACUCAGUCCAAUUAAAACUGAUCUGAUAGGACCUCAGAUCAGGCUCAGGUAAGUGCGCCCUCCUCUUCACUCCCCCUGGCUCUCGCCCUACCCUCUCACACUCUGUCCCCUUUCCUUCAACCCUCCCACCUCCCUUCACCCUCCCUUUCUGUCCCUCCGUUUCCCACCCUGUUAAUGUUCAGUUCAAUGCCUAUGAUUUUUGUCAAAUGUACUGUAUGCAAAUAUCUUUAUCCUGUUUUUGAUUAGUGCAUCGUAAGUAUGCACUGAAGAUGAAGGACUAGGCCCGAUGAAUGAGAAGAAAAUAGAAAACAUUCACACAAAGCCAAGAGGGAAAGACCAGUGUAGCCCUGAGCAAACAUGCCCAGAGGUACCCCUCGUUUUGUAUCAGUUUUUGAUCCUUACAGAUGUUUCAUUUCACUCUGUGGAAGAAUUAACAGAACCAAAAUUUCUUUAGCUGUAUAUACAUGUUUUUUACUUUUAUGAAAUUAUUUUCUUACUUUGAAACAGGAGAACGUAGUAAUUGCUGUUUUUUUCUAUCCAGGGAUGUUAAGUUUUAUCUUGGGAAUUUGCCCAACACGUGUAAACACAAAGUUUUCUUACUAAAGGUGUUGGCGAAGAUCAACUCAUGGAUUUAUUCUCCAGCUUACUGUGCCUGAUAAUGCCAUGCACUGUGUUUUUCUUUGGGGAGGGGGUUUAUAGCACCUGGGGAGGGGGUGGGGGAAUACUAAGGACACUAACUGGAGGUGUAGGGUUUAUCGGAUGAAUUGCAGCUGACUUCUAUACCUCACACAGCGUUGGUGUUGUGAGCGAGACCACAUGAGAAAAAGGGCAAAUUAAAAAUCUUGGAUACUCUCUGACUGUCAAACUGUGCAGGUACUCACCCCAGGUACUCCUUUCUCUACCCACAUCCAUUUCUGAAUGCUGUUGCCUGUCUGAAAAACAAGUAGUUACUUCUUUA